GGAUCUGUAAAACUAUUUGUUGAUUUGAGUGAAAUCUCAAUGGAUUUUCAGUGGACUAGAAAUUUAACUAGGGUUUUGUAACUUUUGUUUCGGCUACUGAUCUACUUGAUUCUGAUUUGAUCAUUUUUUUGUUGUUGAUUUUUUCGAUGAACCGUUUGGUCUUCGCUACUCAUUUGAUCUGUUCAGUUGAUUUUGCUUUUGAGUCCGUUUGAUCUGUAUGUAUAUUUGUGUUCUGUUUGUGUGUAUCUGUGUACAUAGUACUAUGUAUGUGUUUAAGCUUCGCUGAAAUUAAUGCUCUGUGUUUCAUAUUAAUCUGUCGGUUGUGUAUUCUGUGACUAGGUUUCUGUGUUUGUGUGGUUGGCUUCAAUGUUUUGCUUAAUGAAAUGAUUUGGGACAGGAAAUUUUCUGAACUCUGUUUUUUAGUUUUUAACUGCCUUGAUUUAAAGCUUUGAGAACUUCUGAUUUGUUCACUUGAUGUUUUAUGCCAAAAUGAGUUGUGCUUGUGAUCUAGUUUGCGUAGUUAAAAAUGAAGAUAAACUAUGAAUAUAAUCAAAGUCAUUGGGAAAUAAUUUGGAGUAUUUUAAUUUGCUUAGUUGUUAUGACAAAUGCCGUGAAUGUUAAUAAGGAGAAGAAAGAAACUAGGAUCUUGUGUUGUUAUUUAUAUAAUUAUAUCAUUAUUUGCUCAUCAUGGUAUUUUCGAUUGCAAGUUGUUGAAAAUAUUUUUGAUGAAAGUUGUAUGCUCUUGAAGAAACCCAUGACAUCUUCGUUGGCAACACCAGGGGUGCCAAUUGAGCUACAAGGCUCUUGGCAAUAUGUCGCAAGGCAAACGCAGCAUCUGGGAUGGCUGUACACGAUGAUUGCAAGCUUAAGUUUUUAGAACUAAAGACAAAAAGAACUUACCGCUUCAUUGUUUUCAAGAUUGAGGAGAAGCAGAAGCAGGUUAUUGUUGAGAAGCUCGGUGAGCCAUCUGAUAGUUAUGAGGUUUUCUCUGCAAGCCUCCCUGCCAAUGAGUGCCGUUAUGCUGUGUAUGACUUUGAUUUUAUGACAGAGGAGAAUGUCCCAAGGAGCAGGAUUGUUUUCAUCGCCUGGUCCCCUGAUGUUUCAAAGGUGAGAAGCAAGAUGAUUUAUGCAAGCUCUAAGGAUAGGUUUAAGAGAGAGUUGGAUGGUAUUCAGGUGGAGUUGCAAGCUACUGAUCCUACUGAGAUGGGCGUUGAUGUUAUUAGAAGCCGCACUAAUUAAAUUUGAAGUGUGAGCUAUGCAAUGGAGAUCUUUCCAACUAUCUGGUUCAAUGUUUAUAGGUCGUGGAACUUAGAACUUGCUUUAAUCUAUGCUAAUGGCUUGGUGUUUAUUUAAAUUUUUUCUUAUUUUUUUUGAGUGAAAGGCAAUUCGGCUUGGUGUUUUUUACAUUUAAAACUUCCUGAAUUGUUAUCUGUGGCUUUAUUGGGUAUACUAUUUAGUGUGAAACUAUACACACUACUUAUAUGCUGGAUUACGGGGUACAUAUCAAUUUCAGUUUGCUCAUUUGAACCCUAUAUUGUACUGUAGAUCAGGCUAUUCUUUUGCCUUCCCCAUUACUGAGUUUGUCCUAUGGUUACGUUUUGUUUUA